GUUAUCAGGGACAAUAACUGCACGCGUCUUUCCUCUCUGCUUGAUAAUCACCUGGAAUGAAUCCAUUAAUGUCUUUCCACACGCUUUAUGCCACUUGCACGAUUUAUAUUCGUAGCGCUCAGUCGUGCGCACAAAUGAAAAGCUCGUUAGCAGGAAAUGAGACUCCCAACCGACCACUCCGCCUCAGUAAGCUAUUUAUUCCUGUGUGUGCUGAGCCACAGCUCUCUGUACAGUUCGCUCUGAGGUUAGACUCUUUGCUGAGCUGUGGGCUCUCUCUGUUGGAGGAGUUGACAGAAUGGACGGACAGUGACCGCGCUCAUCUCUUUGGGAUUCUACUCUCAUUUUCUACCAAAUCCCUGUGUCAGACGCAGUUCAGUCUCUCUUGCCAACCCUGGGGUCACCUGUCGCGUUUCAGGAAUCAGCCAUGAGAGGACGAUGGAGCCCACAUUUCAUGUCAGCGCUGGUCUUUUUGAUCGCACUGUGGCAGACACGGUCAAAAGCAGAUUCCAAUUCAACACGUACCUUCAAAGACAUCACAACCUUCACCAAGAUCCUGGACAGUCUGCUGGAUGGAUAUGACAACAGACUAAGACCUGGCCUGGGAGACCGAGUAACAGAGGUGAAGACUGAUAUCUAUGUGACCAGUUUUGGUCCAGUUUCUGACACAGAUAUGGAGUACACUGUAGAUGUUUUUUUCCGUCAAAGUUGGAAGGAUGAGCGACUUAAGUUCCAUGGACCAAUGAACAUUCUGCCUCUUAACAACCUGAUGGCCAGUAAGAUCUGGACCCCUGACACCUUCUUCCACAAUGGCAAGAAAUCUGUGGCCCACAAUAUGACAAUGCCCAACAAGCUGCUGAGGAUCAUGGAGGAUGGAACCUUGCUCUACACUAUGAGGCUGACAGUUCAAGCUGAGUGUCCCAUGCACCUUGAAGACUUCCCCAUGGACUCUCACUCAUGUCCUCUCAAGUUUGGCAGCUAUGCCUACACUAAGACAGAGGUUACUUACAUCUGGAGUCGUAAUGCCUCCCAGUCAGUUGAUGUUGCACCUGAUGGAUCCAGACUCAACCAGUAUGACUUGGUGGGCAGGAGUGUGGGAAAGGAGACCAUUAAAUCCAGUACCGGUGAGUAUUAUGCAUCAAUUUCAAGUGUAACUACAGUUCUCACAAUGACAACCCUGAGUAUUAGUGCCCGUAAUUCACUGCCUAAGGUGGCCUAUGCUACAGCUAUGGACUGGUUCAUCGCCGUCUGUUAUGCCUUUGUCUUCUCUGCACUCAUUGAAUUUGCUACCGUCAACUACUUCACCAAGAGAGGAUGGCCUGGGGAUGGAAAGAGCGUCAUCAGUGACAAGAAAAAGGAAGCAGCCAUCACAAAGAAGAACAAUGCCUAUGCUGUAGCUGUGGCCAACUAUGCUCCCAACAUUACAAAAGACUCUACGCUGCCCACAAUUUCCAAGUGUGCCCUGGGCAAUCUCAACAAGACCACAGCAGAGACAAAGCCUGAGCAGAACAAGAAAACUUUUAACAGCGUCAGCAAAAUUGACCGCAUCUCCCGCAUCAUGUUCCCUGUGCUGUUUGGGAGCUUUAACCUGGUCUACUGGGCCACCUACCUGAACAGAGAACCAGUCAUUAAAGAUCUGGAUCCUUCCAAAUGA